AUGGCCACGACACUCUCAGCCUACCUACAGGUAAGGACGUCAAAACUGUCAAGUUGAGGCUUCCUCUGCGGGCAACACAGGCAUGAGGCCGCACCAGCUUUUUCCACACAGAAGAAUUCCGUGCAACUCCUCUAAAGUCUGCACUAGUAGUUCUGUGUACACAUUCCUAUGCCAGUGUGCACGUUCCUAUGCCAAUCUAAAUGAGUCCAUUAAAAAAGAAGAAGAAUCAGAUGUGCAGCUUCCAUCCUUUGGGAGCCAUCGAGGGCCCACUGCUUACUAAGGAACACAGAAGACAGAGCAGAUGGAAAUCUGGGAUUGAUCUGCUGAGAGCAGCAGAGUGUGCUGGUCCGGGGGGGGGGGGUUACCGUGCGGCGUGGUCUAAGUCCGGUCCUAGGUCGAGGGUAAGGAGGCUGUCCGUCGGGGUGAAGCGAGGUCCAAAGCGAGGAGUCGGGCAUGGUCAGGAACUCAGGAGAGCAGGUCAGGGUGCCAGCAGGAACAGGUUACCAGCGAUGUUGCUCCUGCAACCUGGGACUGGGCUGACUGGCCUUUAUCUCCUCUGAGGCCUAGGGCGGUCCCGGCCCACAGGUGAUUCACCUCUCCUGGCCUUAAGGCAAGCACUCCUCCUGAGAGAACUUAGUUCCCUCCGCCUCUCUGCCCUGAGCCUCUGCAGCUCAGGAGAGGCUGGAGGGUUACUGGACCCAGAGGCAACCUCACCUUCCCCUGACAGGGCUGGGAGAGGAGCACCUGCAGGCAAUGGGUCCUCAAUCACCUCCGGAGCCAGAGUGGAUUCAUCUGGUGUCUGCUCCUGAGGAUCUGGCACAGGUGCGGGCCCUUCAGAUUCAAGCCCCUGCCCCAGCUCAGCUGGCCCUGGAGGCGGGGACUCCUGUGCAGGCUGGGAUUCCUCGGGUUCAGCCUCUGAAUCAGAUUCCCAGGCCAUCACACAGAGGCUGGUCUAUUGGGGCAAUGGGGCACUGCCCCACCUACCUCAGUCUGUCCUCAGUCAAUCCCUACUCUCCUGUCUUCUUGCUUACAACCAGCCCAGGAGAUGGCUCUGGCUGUCAGCUCCAACCCCCUCCUCAGUCUCUGUUUUGCCCUGGUAGAACUCAGCAGGGAAGACUAUGGGGAACUAGUUGGCUCUGCCUGCCAUUAGUUGUGGCUCCCCCUACUGUUGGGCUCCCUGCCUUCUGACUUACCAGUCCCAGUGGGCACAAGUCACCACUGGCUGAGAGGUUUUUUAAAAGAGCCAAAUGCAUUUUUGGGCCCUCUGGUUAACCUGUCCCAUGUGCCAUUUUUUCUGAUCUAAAUCCCCCCCCCCCCCACUGCUGCAAUUUGCCUAAUGAAGAAGGUUGGUUGGUUUUCCCUCAACGAAUGGUCAAAAAAAUAACAUUUGGAAGUUUCUCCCAGUUUGUUUUUAGCAGACCACAGCAUCACAGCAGGAUCUCUUCUCUGUUGCCGACACAGUCUCCAAUUCUUUCAGGCUGGCUCCUAAAUUCUGCGCCCUCCCCCAGGCACAAGGCAAUAGCUCUCCAUCUAGAGGUUAGGAAAGGCUUUCUGAGGAUAUCAUAGGCACACAGAGACUGAGCAAAUAAAUGAAAAAGAUGUCCAAGCCAACUUCAUUUGCUCCAGGCUUCAUCACAGAACAGCAGCGUGAGUCCAGACCACCCACCCAACCCCAAUCUGAGUCCUCAUUGAGUCCCACAAAAUUGUAGUCUUUUCUCUUAAAAGGUAGGAAGGGAAUGUCUCAUGUAUUGGUUAGUGUGUGGUGGAUUUUAAUCAGUGAGACCUCGAUUCAAAUCCUUGCUCCACUAUGGUGGCCUUGAUCUGCUUCCUCUCUCCCUGCCUAGCUGUGAUGGCCUGGGAAUCCGAUUCAGAGGCUGAACCGGAGGAAUCCCAGCCUGCACAGGAGUCCCCGCCUCCAGGGCCGGCUGAACUGGGGCAGGGCCUUGAUUCUGAAGUGCCUGCACCUGUGCCGGAUCCUCAGGAGCAGGCACCAGAAGGAGCAGGCACCAGGUGAAUCCACUCUGGCUCCGGAGGUGGUUGAGGACUCAGUGCCUGCAGGUGAGUCUCCCCCUGGGUCCAGUAACCCUUCAGCCUCUCCUGAACUGCAGAGGCUCAGGGCAGAGAGGCGAAGGGAACUGGUUUCUCCCAGGAGGAGUGCUCGCCUUAAGGCCAGGAGAGGCGGGUCUCCUGGGGGCCGGGACCGCCCCUGGCCUCAGAGAAGAUAAAGGCCAGUCAGCCCGGUCCCAGGUUGCGGGAGCAAUGUCGUUGAAGAGCUGUUUCGGCCAGCAUCCAGUCCUGUUCCCCCAGAGUUCCUGUCCUUGCCCGGCUUCUCGCUGUGGACCCUGCUUUGCCCGAGGAGGACUGUCUGGCGACCCUCAACUCAGGUCCUGGACCUCGCCCCACGGUAACCUCCCCCCUGGACCAGCACACUAGCUCACCUCACAGGGUUGUCGCAAAGGUUAAAAAAAAGAUGGCCUGAGUUCAUUGGAUGGAGGAAUGCAAAAUCAAAUGUUUCUUAGCAUCGCUUGAGCCAGACUACAUAAAUAUUUUUGGCAUCCUUCCGUUGCAAGCAGGUGUGAAUUCCAGGUGUGUGAAAGAUGACUUGUGUGACAAUGCAGCUUAGGCACUGAAUUUAAUUAUUGUAAUGACUAGUUUGCACAUAUGCAGAAUGAACAGUGCUCCGUUGACUGUGGACACUUGGAGAACAGCAGCUGAAUAUAUGGACUGACUCUACUGAGAAGCACUUGGGGAUGGGCUAUAACUUGGUGGUGGGGUACAUUUUUCUCAUGCAGAAGGUUCCCAUGUUCAGUUCUAGCCUCCACCUGAAGCAUCUCAAGUAGCAACCUUGGGGAAAGAAAGCCCCCUUCUCCAAGACCCUGGUAUGCUACUUCUAGUCAGAGGAGACCAGAAUGAGGCCAGUGGACCAAUGGUCUGCUGUGAUGAGCAGGGUCUGCAUGAGAAACAUCAGAAGCAAUGGAUUCAAAUUACAAGAAAGGCGAGUCCAACUAACCUCAGGAGGAACUUUCCGACACUAAGAGCUGUUCAACGGUGGAGGAGAUUUCCUCUGAAGGUGGUGGGGUCUCCUUCACUGGAGGUUUUUCAAGCAGAGGUUGGGUGGCCAUCUGUCAGGGAUGCUUCAGUUGAGAUUCCUGCACUGCAGGAGUGCAAACUUGCUAUGAAGGACGCGUGAAAUCCUUUAUAAACCACUUUCCACACACUUCUUGGUCCAACAACUAGUGAGCGAUAGGGUGGUCAGGGGAAGUAAGCGCCUCCUGUGCUCUGCUGAAUUAAAAAGUAUAUCCAGUAACACACAGAGCAGCUUCUUCACAUGACGAAGGCACAGGCAAGGAUUUGCGUGAUGUUGCAGAAUAUAUUACAGACACAAGAGGGCUGUACUGCAACACUGGAGAAUGAGAAGAGGCCAAAGCCCGAGGCUGUCAAGAACAGGACAUAGGUAUACUUAGGGACAGAAGGAUCGGUCCAUUUCAGUUCUCUCAAUUUCUAAUUUUUUCCAAUCUUAAAUCCUGUUCCCCACCUUUUGCAGACAUUUGCACUUUAUUUAUUUAUUAUAAAGAACCUCACAAAUAUUCAUCAGCACUUUUACGCAAAUUUCUGAACACAAAAUGUGCGCAUUUCUAAAUGCAGUUUUGCCUGAUGUGCACUUUGCAAGCCAUUCCCCCUAAUAUAAUGCAUUGUUGUGCGUGAUUUUCACUGGUACAUUCAUUUUUAUUCAUGUUUUCCUGUUUUUGUAAACAUUGGCUGGUUGGCGAACAUGCAUAGUGAAAUUUGGGUAAGUGCGAUUUUUUUUAUGGGUAACCGUGUUUCAGUUCGCAUAUUAUUUCGGAAGGUGCAGACUUGAUAGAUUCAGUUUCAAGUGAGACCCGAAUCCAAUUUCUCCUCCAUUCCUAGCACGACUCAACUUAUGCAUCUGCAGGUUUCUGCCUGUCCCUCUCCCUGGGCUCCAAGAUUAAACAGACAUAUGGGUCUGUGCUGCAUGUCCAUAUUCUGACAUUCCCUACUAUUAAGGGAUCGGCUGGCUGUGUGUGUCCUCAAAGACUUAGUGGGGUACACCCAUCUUGCCCCUAAAUAAAAGGACUGCACUAGGGCUCAGGAGAUCUGAUCCACACUGGGGAUUCUACUGCCAGCCGACCUAGCAGCAAAAUAAUACAAAACAGAGAACAAACGAGAUGGGGUAUUGAUUUAACCUACUUUAAUGCACAAUAGUUAAGGGGAAAGGUAGGGAGAGAGGAACGGCUUCCCCACUGAUCCCCAUCUUUGAAAAUCUGUGCAAGCUUUGGCAGGGAGCUGCUGGCCCUCUUCAGGGGCCUUCUACCUCCCCGUUGGGCUGCCAACUUCCAAAACUGCUCCUGCUCUUUUGCAGUUUGAAGCAUAGCCCAAAGUACAGGAAUUAGGGUUUUUUUUGCCAUGGCUUCUUUUGCUUUUGAAAGGAGAGCGUCCCCCACUUAGAGUGGGCUGUUGUUGAAGGUGCAGGAGCAUGGGCAGUUGAAAAGCAAAAAAGAAACCCCAAUCCAAAUGAGACAGUGGCAACCUUCCACCCCACGCUUCCUGGAGACUGAUGAGAGAUAGAGAGAGCCCGUCCUUGAGGACAUGAGCUCCAGUAGCCACUCGGUCCUAGAGAACCUGUAGAUGGAGGAGGCUGGGUUGCUGGCAGCACAAGAGUUAACCCGCCAGCCUCUCCGCGUGAAUCUUGAGCUAUUAAUACCCACGCUGCUUUAUCUGUCAGAGGGAGCCGGCUGCUCUGUCAACGAGACAAGCCCUGCGGAACUGGGUCUCUUUGGCGGACCCAUAAGUUUUUAUUCCCGGGGCGAGAGAGGCUGUGUGCGCUUGGCCAGCCUGGGCUGCUCUCCCGGUCUCCUUGGCUGCGCAGCCUGAAUGAACUGUCAAGGAGGAACACUGCUCUCUCUCUCUCUCUCUCUCUCUCUCUCUCUCUCUCUCUCAUGCACACGCAUAUCUUUCCAUGCAACUUGCUGCCACCAACUCCUUCUCCUGUCCCACAGAUCCAGACUGCUGCAGCUGGCGACGUCCACGCAGAUGGUCCCUGGAAGAGAGAGCUUCUCUCGUUGCGCUGGGAUGCUUUGAAUGCCAGGUUCCGCGGUCCGUCACGGCAAUCUGGACAGCCCAGGACUGACCUCCUGUCCCUUCCAGAAGAGCGACGGCACUUUCAGAGGAACAACUGGGACGUGCAGUCAAGACUACCUUGCACCUGCUCCUGGGAGACGACGCCUGGUGAUGGUCCUGACCUGAAGGGAACAUCUCCUGUCUUGCAAAGCUCCUCACUAGAAGCCUGA